AAUAAAUGAGAUUCCGAAGAGAUCCAUAACAUAAAAAAAUCAAGCUUUUAGGGGGAUUGAUGAGUCGUCCAACAACCGUCAAGUGUUUUUCUCCACAAAAACCCUUUCUUAGUCCUUCUGCCCUACUUUAUUGCAAUUUUAUCAACUUACUGUUACAGCCUUUUUUGGAAAGAAACACGGGGGUUACAAUUUUUUUUCUCUGGAGGAACGGAUGAUAGCGUAGUAUUUUUAUUUUUUGGCGUGAAUUUUCAGGCAUAUUCGGAAAUGUGAGGCCUCAGAAAAUGGAGAGAAAAGUCAGUAAGAGCAAAGAGCAUUCUGGAGAUUCCAGGUCCUUGAGGACCUUCUCUGGAUCAUGCUACAUUGGACCUGAAGGAUUCCAAAUGAAAAUGCCGCCUGAAAAUAGUCCUAUGCUAAUUGACAAAAAGUCGUACAGCACACCAGGCCCUUUCAUUGAAGGGAGAAUUCCUGUCGCGUUGAGAGGCGGUUUGCAAUUUCACGGUCCCGUGCAGAACCUGCGGAGACGCAAAAAAGAGACGAAUGCUGCCAAAAUAUCCGAAUCGUGGAACACAGUUGUCAAGGACCGUUGGAGCAAUUUAGUUCGGGAGGACACCGAGUCUGACACGAAUCUGCUUUCAUGGAUCUCGUCCUUCUCUUCGGACGAUGAUCCGAUUUUCUUUGGCCUCAUUUUCGUUUUGUCUGUGUUGAUGAUUUGCAUGCUUUUUGUGUAUGUUUACCUCAUACUCGAGGUGAUUGAACGGACCAGCAGCACUUCGGAAACGAUUGCCAAGUUCCUCGGGAAUUGAAAACCUUGUAGUCCAGUGUCUUGCCGGAGAAAAAAAUGAAAGAAAAAAAAUCUACCACGAAAUAAAAAAUUUUUGUACUCAACA